ACUACUAUUGUUCUGCCUUUCAAAAUAAAUUACUAUUGUUCUAAUCUUAUCUUCAACUAAAUAAUCUUAAUCAUUCAACUAAUCUUCAUUCACACAGAUUCAAAGGAUGGGUGUAGUGAUAAUAGACGGCACCACCGUAACAAACUUCAUAGCCGACGACGAGCGUUUCACCAACAGCGUCAACGAACAGUUUUCAUCUCUCGAUCUCAACAACGACGGCGUUCUAUCACGCGCAGAGCUUCGCACGGCCUUCGAAUCGAUGAGACUGAUCGAGGCACACUUCGGCAUCGACGUAUCCACCCCGCCGGAGCAACUCACGCGCCUUUACGACUCCGUGUUCGACAGUUUUGACGGUGAUGGAAGUGGCACUGUAGAUCGUGACGAGUUUAAAGCCGAGAUGAAGAAGAUCAUGCUCGCGAUCGCUGAUGGAUUGGGAUCUUCUCCGAUUCAGAUGGUUCUGGAAGAUGAUUCGCAGAGUCUUCUUCAGAAAGCUGCGGAUCUUGAAGCUUCUAAGUACGCUGCCGUUUGAUUCGCUGCCGUUUUGGUUUUUUUAUGUUCUGUUAUGUGUCGUUUUGGUAUCCUUUUGUAUAUUUGGGGAUAUUAUUAACAUUAUGAUAUCACUGAUGAAAAUCUGAUUGUAUUUAA